AUGAUUGCAUGCAACAAUCACUAUUUAGGAAGUCCUGAUUUUCUGAAAAUGACUUUUCAUGUUAUAACCGGUUUAGCCACCCCGAUCCAUGCUUUCGGCUUUUACUGUAUUGUUAAGAAAACACCAAUUCACAUGAAACCGGUGAAAUGGCUUUUGUUUAACAUGCACUGUUGGUGCAUUUUGUUGGAUAUUACCAUUAGUUUUCUGGGAAUUCCAUACAUUAUAUUUCCUGCAAUGGCCGGAUGGGGUCUUGGGCCAAUAGAGUCUCCAGGUCUAUUUUUCUAUUUGGGGGUCACUUUUAUAACAGGUGUUACUACAUCGGUAUUUGUUACUUUUGAAAACCGAUUUUUUCUCCUAUUUGGUGAACGCACCUUUUGGAUACAUCUUCGAAAAUAUGCAAUUGUUGCAAGUUAUGUUAUUGUGCCAUUAUACUAUUUACCAGUUCAAUUUGUCCUACCGGAUCAAGAGAUUGGAAGGGAAUUUUCUUGGACGUUGUUGGAAUGCAUGCCCGAACUUCCUAGUGACGGACGGCCUCUAUUUGUACUUGCAACGGACAUUACUGCCCCAGCCAUCGGAAUUGGAGUCUCCUGUUUUGUACCAACUGUUCAAUGUGGAUCCUUUCUCACACUUAACAUUUAUAACUUGAUAUUUGCAAGACCAAGUGGCAUUUCUAAGAGGACAAUUGAAAUGCAACACAAGCUUGUUAUAGCGCUAAUUGUACAGUCCUCCGUUACCUUUGUGCUCUUUAUUGUCCCCGUCCAGUGCAUCGUCACAUUUGUUUAUUUCCAUCAUCAGAAUCAAUUUCACAACAAUUUAAUUUUCUUUGCUCUUGCCAUUCAUGGAAUCGCGUCAACUCUCAUUAUGAUAUUUGCCCAUAAACCAUAUCGUGAUUUUGUAUUAUCUCCGAUUUACCGAUUCACAGAGAGAACGUUAAUAGUUGCGGUUGCGCCAUCAGUAUUUCCAACAAAUUCUUUCAGUGGAGCAGCGAGAAAUCAAGCUUCUUGA